AAUGGCGCACCUGUAAAGUAUGUAGCCAAAAUAUUUCAAAUUUUAAAAACUUUACUGGAAAAAUACAGAAGGUUAUCCCUUGUGAAUAUAUAUUUAUUGUCGAAGAGAUUGGACAUCAGCAAACUAAGUGAUACCUUUGUAUACAGGUAGAUUAAUUACUGAAAGAUUACCUGAACAAAAAACGUCAACAAAAACAAAAAGCCAGAAAAUAAACUUUUAAAAUGGGACGCCCAGAAGAAGACUAUGAAGUUUCACUGCUAACGAAGAUUGGAACAAUAGUUUUAAUUGUAACAACUUUGUUUCAGCUGAUAGGGUUUGCCUCCUCACACUGGGUGAUAUCUGUAAGUGCAGAAUACGGCAUUAUUGAGUACUCGGGACUAUGGGAGAAAUGUGCAGACUUGUCCAUUGGCUACCAUGACUAUGAGUGUGCUGGAUUUGUCUGGGAGGAUUUCCAGGUGUCACAUUGGUUCCGUACGAUUCAGACUAUGGAGGCUAUGGGAUUCGUAGGCCUGCUGACCACCGUUGUUUUGAUUGGAGCAUACAUGUUUAGAACCCCACUCCAGGGGAAGAAGGGGGUCAAAAGACUUUUGGUCACCCUCUGUAUCUUGUGUGGGAUUCUGAUCCUGGUUUCCUGUAUUGUAUUUGCAUCCCUGAAGAACACCCUCCGAGCUCGACACAUGCCUGGAUCUACAGCGGAGCUCUCCUGGAGUUUCUACUUCAGUCUCGUUGGUGGUCUUGGAUCCAUUGCAACUUCCUUCCUCAUCUGCUUUGGAUAAAUGCCAUCAUUUAAGCAUCAAAGCUGCUAGCCUUUAUCAUCAUAGACUCAAUUUAAAUCCAUGGAAUCAUGUAUUCAGUGACUGUUUUUUUUUUUUAAUAUUGGUUUAAUACAAACUGCUUUGGUAUUUAUACAUUUAUUCAUCUUAAACAACUGUAUAAACAGGAGUAAACUCAAAGUAUAAUUACAUGUAUGUAAUAAUGUAGUUGCAUGAUCUUAAUGUAUCUCUUCAUUCAUUACUUCAUUGUAUAAACCACUUCUUCAUCUUUUUUUAUGUUCACUCAAUGCAUGAUGCCAAAGGCAAUGUUCAUUACUCAGUGAAUCAUUACCAAGAAUAUUGAAAAAUUACACUUUUGUCUGGAUUUCUACAAAAUAAUUACUUUUAAAAAUCUCAUUGUCAUGGUUAUUAAUUUUCAUAACAUGCAUAUCUUAAACAACUAGAGAGGAAUCAUUACCAAAGCAUACAUGUUUUGUGUAAAAUUAUUUAUUACAAUCCAGUGUACAGAAUGAUUACUGAGCAUAGUAUAUAAUUUUUUCCUGUAUAUAUAUAUAUAUAUAUACAUCUGACACAGUAUCACUGCUGAAUUUGUACACAAGGGAUAUUCUGGGAUACUUAUUUUAUUUGUAUAAAUGUAAUGAAAGAAAUAAAUUUUGUACUUCA